AUGAAGUGGGAGAAGAAGAAGAUGGAUGACAAGCAGGACCAGCCAGUUAAUAUAUCUCCAUAUGCCAAAGUCCCUUAUCCUCAGAGGUUGAAGCAAGAAAUUCAGAAGCAGCAUUAUGCAAGGAUCUUUCUUCUGUCUAAGAAAAGGAAGUUGAAAGAUGGUGAGACUGUGGCUUUAACGGAGGAGUGUAGUGCCCUGAUUCAGAAGAAGCUUCCUCCAAAGUUGAAAGACCCAGGAAUUUUCAACAUCCCUAUUGCCAUUGGAGAUGUGGAAGUAGGAAAAGCACUUUGUGAUUUGGGGGGCAGUAUAAAUUUGAUGCCAUUGUCUGUCUGUAGAGCUUUGGGAAUUAACAAGUUAAAAGGUACUAAUGUUAUUCUGCAUCUAGCAGAUAGAUCAAUCAAGAGACCUGAAGGGGUGGUAGAAGAUGUUUUGGUCAAAGUAGAUAAGUUCAUUUUCCCUGUGGAUUUUGGUAUACUUGAUAUGGAAGAGGAGGAUACUGAAAGUCCUCUACUCCUAGGGAGACCAUUCUUAGCAACUACAAGAUCCCUGAUUGAUGUUGAACAAGGGAAGUUGAUGCUAAGGGCGAAUGAAGAAACAGUUACCAUAGAUGUGUUUGAAGCCAUUAAACAUCCUGUUGAUGUGGAGGAUUGUUUCAGAAUUGAUAUCAUACAGGAAGUUGUGGAAGAAGUGACAGGAGAAGAAAACUCUUCACUUGAGGAGGACAAAUUCAAGGAAGAGAUGAGUGUGGAAUUUUAUCAGGAGGAACCAGUAGUCGAAGAGUUGGAAAAGAAGGUAGAUGACAUUCCCAAGGGAGCACCCAAGGUGGAACUGAAAGAACUACCUUCAAAUCUUAAGUAUAUGUUCCUUGAAGAUGAUCAAACUUACCCAGCCAUUAUCAAUGCAUUGUUGUCUGAAAGCGAGGAAGUGAAGUUGAUUGAGGUGCUCAAAAAGAACAAGACAGCCAUGGGCUAG